UUAUCAGCUAUAAACCACAAGUCCAAAGAAGCCGUCCCAUUGGCUAAACCCUUACUGCCAUGUCAGCUGACUGGACAAGCAUAUGUUCAUAUUCUGCAGAGAAUAAAAGAAAAAUGACAAUCUUUAUUACUAUUACACAACCGCAGCUGGCUUCAGGUAGUGUAUCUGUAUUUACUCCUGGGAGGGUCAUUGCAAGGUGAUUAGGUGGACCUUAUUUGAGAUUUGAUUCAGGAUGACAGGGGGAUAUUAUCACCAUAAUCUGAGAGAGGAAAACAUUGGUGCUAGUCUAGUCCUGAGGUGGAUAAGGCUGGAGCUGACGCUCUGUUAAUGGUGAUGAAGAGACCGAGAUCUUGGGGGAACAGGGAGCUCCUGGGAAGCAACACAGAAGACAACACAGACAACAGUGAACAGGAUGAGCCAUCCUCUCAGAGGUCAUCUUGGUUCCUGGCGGACACCAUGAACUACGUUGGCCAGCUAGCAGGUCAGGUUCUGGUGACUGUCAAAGAACUGUAUAAGGGCAUUAACCAGGCCACAUUGUCAGGCUGCAUCGAUGUUGUGGUUGUCCGUCAGAGAGAUGGCACCUACCAGUGCUCGCCAUUCCAUGUGCGCUUUGGUAAGCUGGGCGUGCUGCGCUCCAAAGAGAAAGUGAUCGACAUCGAAGUGAAUGGAGAGCCUGUAGACCUGCAUAUGAAGCUUGGUGACAAUGGAGAGGCCUUUUUUGUGCAGGAAGCUGAGCAACAAAAUAUUGUUCCUGCCCAUUUGGCCACCUCCCCAAUCCCCACCGAGAGUCACCUGUUCUGGAUCUCAGAGGUGGAGCACAGGGCACCAAAAGAUCUGGAAGAUGACCCCGCCGACCCAGAGGACCCUCCUGAACCUCCUGCUCCAAGCACUGUGGCCACAAAAAAGAAGAAAAGACGGAGAAAGAAGCACAAAGGAGACCCCCGUAGAGAGGAACUGACCCCGCCGUCAGUCACUACUGGUAAUGCUGUUGCUGCUAAUGCACCCACUGCUACCACUGCUGCUAUGUCUAGUACUGGGCAAAAUGAGGAGAUCUUUGAAAUGGAUCUCAGCUCUGACGAGGAAACUACAGUUCAUGUAUCAAGAUCACCUUCAGUGACUACAGUGCGUGACAUUGACCCUAAAUUACCCGCAGCCAGACACAGCCUUGAUGGUUAUCCAAUGUCUGAUGGGGACUGGCCAGCUGGUGAUGGCCAUAGCUUGUCUCAGGCCUUUACCCCAAAGAGUGACUCAGAACUGGUGAUGAGGCCUUCAGAGAGUUUGCUCAGAGCUGAGUCUCACAUGCAGUGGACAUGGGGAGAAUUUCCAGAAACCACAAGGGUCACCAAGAAGGAGAAAUCAGAACCACUGAAAAAAGUGACCAUCACCCCAUCAGAGAGCACCCAUUUCCGUGUCAUCCUCAGCUCGGAGGCCAUGGAGAAUGAGACCGAGGUUGAAAAAGGCGAUGCCACCUCCUCUUCAGUGUGUAACAUUGUCAAGCCCGAGCCACGCACCCCCGUCACCACUGUAACACCUGUGAUUCCAAUAUCGUCUGUUAGCACCAUAUCAUCUGUUAGUCCGGAAGCCCCUACAGAACCCCUUGAUAUCCUGCAAUCAAGCAUAGCAACCUCCACCUCUUCCAGUAACCAGCAGACAGAUUCACCAUCAAAGAAGAAAGGUGUUCCGAAGAGGAGCCAGCAUCAGGGUCCUGAGGAUAUCUACUUAGAUGACUUGAAUGUACUUGAACCUGAUGUUGCUGCACGAUAUUUUCCUAAGAGUGAGACUGAGGCAGCUGCUAAGCACUGGAUUGACUCUGAGAUGCACUCUGGUUCACAGUCCCCACAGUCGGUGGGUAGUGCUGCAGCUGACAGCGGGACAGAGUGUCUCUCUGACUCAACUAGUGACCUCCCUGAUGUUACUCUUUCUCUGUGUGGAGGCCUGACAGAAAAUGCUGAAAUAUCCAAAGAAAGGUUUAUGGAGCAUAUCAUUACCUAUCAUGAAUUUGCUGAAAAUCCAGCAAUUAUAGACAACCCCAACCUGGUAGUAAGGAUAGGAAAUAGAUAUUAUAACUGGACCCUAGCUGCACCUUUGAUUCUAAGCCUUCAAGCAUUUCAGAAGAAUUUACCAAAGGCUACAGAGGAGGCCUGGGUGAAGGAGAAAAUGCCAAAGAAGUCAGGCCGCUGGUGGUUCUGGCGUAAGAGGGCGGAUAGCACAAUCAAGCAGUCGGAGACUAAGCUCGAAACUAAGGAGGAACCACAUUCGGGAGAGGAAGGACCCUCCACAUCUCAGGAGAAGCUGGCCUUAACGCCUAAAGCAAGAGACUCAUCCAGUGAUGAAGAGUCCAAGGAGGUGAGCGCAGCAUCCUGUCAAGAGAGACUGCAGCCAGUGGAUGGUCAGCACCAUCCCAGCCCACACACAUACAGAAAGUCACUACGGCUUUCCUCUGAUCAGAUUGCUAGUCUGAAACUCAAGCAGGGGCCAAAUGAUGUGACAUUUAGCAUCACCACUCAAUACCAAGGCACAUGCCGCUGUGAGGGUACAAUCUACCUGUGGAACUGGGACGACAAAGUCAUUAUCUCUGACAUUGAUGGCACCAUCACAAAGUCAGAUGUAUUUGGACAGAUACUUCCACAGUUGGGGAAGGACUGGACCCACCAGGGGAUUGCCAAGCUCUACCACUCUGUAGCUGAAAAUGGCUACAAGUUCUUGUACUGCUCAGCCCGGGCAAUCGGCAUGGCGGACAUGACAAGAGGUUACUUACAGUGGGUCAAUGAUGGAGGCACCAUCCUACCCCGAGGACCUCUCAUGCUCUCUCCCAGCAGCCUCUUCUCUGCUUUCCACAGAGAGGUCAUCGAGAAGAAACCAGAGAUCUUCAAGAUUGAAUGCCUUACAGACAUCAAGAACCUGUUCCAGAAUAACAAGCAGCCAUUUUAUGCCGCCUUUGGGAAUAGAGCUAAUGAUGUGUUUGCCUAUAAGGAAGUCGGCGUUCCAGUGUGCAGAAUUUUCACAGUUAACCCAAAGGGAGAGCUGAUCCAGGAGCAGACCAAGGGCAACAAGUCCUCCUAUGGCAGACUGAGUGAGCUGGUGGAGCACGUGUUCCCUUUGCUGAGCAAAGAGCAGAACGAGGCCUUUGUAAUGCCAGAGUACAGCUCUUUCUGUUACUGGAGACAGCCAAUACCAGAAAUCAAUCCAGAUGAACUGCUCUGAGUCGGUGUGUAUUGAUACCCAGCUAUACAUUAACAUUCAAAUGAACUGUGCACCUGAAUGCACCUCCUAAAUACAUGUGAAGUGGAACCAGAACUGUUCCUGCUAAUUAGACUUACACAACACACAGACACAGUAACCAUGAACUCAGAAAAGUUGGUAAACUGUAUUUACUUGAGAGAUGAGUGGAGAUUAUCAGAACAGUAAAUCCUGAUGAGUGAUAACUUAGCGUUUAUUUCACAGAGACACUCCACGUAUGCCUCUGUGUGAAGGCAUCCUGCCCAGUGAUAACUUUCUAGUCCAUGUUCUUGUACAGACUUGGCAGUUGAAGAUCCAGCUAGUAUCUCGGUAAACUUGUAAACUUGUAGAAAGCCAUAAACGACGCAGGCAGAAGUCCCUCACGAGGAGCUAGAUUCCGAGCUGAGCAGAAGUAAUUUAAGAAACGCCCCGAAGAAGUGAAACGUAAUGUUUUAAAUGGAAAAGGCACACAUUUAAUUAAAACAGGACAGGCAAUUAACACUGGGCAGUUGUUAUGCGGCAGUCAUAUUUUACUGUAGGUGCUGUGUUUGCCCAGAAGCAAGUAACCAGCCUUUAAUUGGAGGCUUUAUUCUGUUCUAAAAAUACAGUCGUGAUAGAGGUUGGCAAAUAACAGAAUAACACAAACACAGAACCGUCCACAGCCGUUAGAUUUCAGGAACUCGCCACAGUAAGUGUUCAGUUGUCCUCUCGUUCCUGACUCUUGCCUGACUGUGCAACAGAUUUCAUAUGGCCGCUACACAGCGAGCCAUGUUUGGUACUGUUAAUAUCCAAGGUCGUACCUCGGAUAUGCUUUCACCAAGUAUGUGAGGAUGCACAGUUUGCUGUGACUUAAAAAAAUGAAGCAGCUUCAUGGUGUAUUGUCUUGCUGUUGUUUUAAUAUGUUUGUUCUGUUAUGCAAGCUCUGGCAAAUCACGUGUGUUUAGUUAACAAUGGAGUCAUUAUUUAUGAUGAUCAAUGUAUUUAAGUUAUUGAUUUCUAUUGUGAGGCCUUUGCUUGUCUGAAAAGAUAAUUGAUCACCAAUGCAAUAUUUCAGAUUAGUAUUUUUGUGAGGCUGAUCACAGACUAACAUGCACUUAACAGUAACUGCUAGGCCUUGUACAAGCUUUCUUUGGUCACGUCUCCAGCAACAAGCCUGUAUUUCUUUUAUUAACAGUGAAUUUUUCAACAUGUAAGGCACGUAGACAUUCCUGAGUAAAACCUCAGAGUCUGUAGUAUUACCAGAUGUGUGUAAAUGUGAGAGAGGAUGCUUGAGAUGGAACAGUGGAUAUAAGCAAAUUUGAGAAGAGCUUAAAAUGAAGGAUAUUGCUUUGUGAGGUCCUCCGUAGGAUGGACUUCAGGAUGAUGGUAGUGUGUGUGUGUACCUAAUCACAGAGUGCUGCUGCUGUUGGGGUGGCAGCAUCCUGCACCCUUUGCUUAGGUUCCCUCGGUGGCUUUAUCCAGCACACUUUGUCAAAGUUGCACCCAGAAACUCAAGACUUACAACUCAGCACAUCUCCCACCCACAUGCACUUCACCGACAGUCUAAGUAGACAGUAGACCAGAGUAUGCAAUUACUGCAGCGUUUGAGCAUAAAGAGUUUGAGUUUUACCUUCUUGACUAUUCAGUUAAUCUGAAAUUUGUCUAUUAGUGAGUUUUGAGAAGCUUAGUUUGUUUCAAGUAGCUUUUUUUGUGUGUAUGUUUUUAAGGCAGAGGAAAAUGAUGAUAAUUUGGGGUAACAGGCAGCAAGGUAAUAUCAGAGCUACCCCUUAAUGUGUGUGCUUGAGAGCGUGAGAGACAGAAAAGCCUGAUUCCCGUGCCUCUGGUGACCAGAGGAGGAUAAACUGUUUUUUGGAGAUAAACAGGAAAUACUUGACUGUACAGGAAGUGUUUAAGGCACUUCCCCGGCAUUAUCUAUGUAUGAUUUUAGGAAAGGAGUUUUGGUCAGAUGGAUCAUAUCUCCAAUGCAAGUGUAACUGACUGUGUAUGCCAGUGUGGACUAAAAAAGCAGGAGCAGCCAAGAUCAUUUCAUAAAAAUAAGCACAAUUUAUGGUGACAGCUACAUGCACUGCUGAUUUCUUUUCUUUUUUUUUGUUUUGAUGAAUACAGUGUGCCCCGCUUUGAUUUGUUUGCUUGUUCUCUGCAAAGUGGUGAAGUCAAAUAGAUCUAUCUUAAAAUCAACAAGAAAUUCCAUUCUUUCUAUGAAAGUAAAGCAUCUUGUGUGAAAGAAUCACACUUCAUCUUCUCUGAUCCUGGGAUAUGUGGUAAAUAAACGUUUGAAUGAGUAUAUAUGCUGACCAUCACAUUCUUCUUUGAUGCCUUUUUGUUUUUUUCUUAUAACGUGUAUGAGCUGUUGUGUGACUUAAGUUUUGUUCCGUUUUUGUUUGGAUGUAAUGCUUGGUAUUUGUGUCCGACCAGCAGAAAAUGCAUUAAAUGUAUGCUGUGUUUCAUUUGAAUAGAAAUGUGGUUUGAAGAACAAAAUCAACUGUAAGAAGAAGUAAAAAAAAAAAUAAAAAAUCAGGCCUAAUGAAGCUAACAUGUGGCUUAUGGUCUUGUUUGUAUGAAAUAAAAUUUCUAAAUGAAUGCA